AUGUUUAGUCAUAUCGUACUUGUUGCAGGUUUUAUAAUACCUACCGUAAGGGCAAGUGGCUGGGAUAACUUUACGGAUAAUCUUGCUACGGACCUGGCUCCGUUGAUAUCUCUCUUUGGAGAACGACUUACAACUCAGUUUCUCUCGGAGUCUAUUAGCCUCCUAGACAACUUUAUCUUUGCCCUAGCUCCGCUUGGGAUUUUGACAGCCACAGUCUCUGCCAUCCGAGUCUGCGGCAAUCCCUCUCUGCGAGCAUUCAUUGGGAGGGCGCAGGAGGGUCCCGGAGAGGCAGAGCACGAGCUGUUUGCAGGGCGUGUGGACCACAAAAAUGGAGGGCUGAGUCUCCAUGAGGAGGACUACUCAUUACCAGAGCUCGAAAUACCAAAUCUAUCACUGAACAAGGGUAUUGCGAGGAGGAGCCAAGGUUGGUUUUACUGUGCUGCUGUUCUUGGGUUUGUGUUGCAGAUCGGUGUGCUUGCGUAUUCCGCAGUGACCGUUCUUAUAUAUCCGGUCGAUUUUCAGAAGGAUGGACAGCCGGUGGAAAACUAUGCACUCCCCCUUUUCCUUAUUGGCACGAUUUCUCUCUGCACAGGGAUGUUUCUCUGUGCCUUGAUUAUCGAGCGCUCGUCGAGGGAGCUUUACUUCCAUCCAGUCAAGCCCAGCAAAAUUUAUUGGUUGCAGCCCGGGGGCCAGCAUGUCGGCGACCAAGUCUUCAGUUCCUUCCUUGGAGUUAACGAGGGACCUGACUCUCAACCGACUGAAGAUCUCAUAUAUAUAAAAUCGAUACGGGAUCACGCAUUCGAAGGCAAUUGGUAUAUACUGUCGCUAACUAUAUCGAUUACACUGGUCGGGUUCGUGGCUCAAUUUGUUGGUCUUCGAGGACUACAUUCGUCAGUGACCCUAGCUCAGAUGGGUUCUACGCUUGUGAUGGCUAUCGUUCGAACAUGUCUUCGCACAAAGAGGGUCAGCUCGAAGGAAAACCGCCUCACUAAGCCAGAACAGCAGCUUGCGUCUUACAAGAGCCAAGAAUUAGACUGCUUUGCAUUUCACCUCGAGGAUGUGAAAUCAUUUAGCCUGGUCCCUGGCAUAGUAAGAUCCUCGUCGCAAUACCAACCCAGCCUCCGGUCCGUUGCGUCUGGAAAUUCAGGACAAACAUCUAGACUGGGAACUAGACUCAUUCAAACGAGAAUGCAACUCGCGAAUCUGACUUCUAGCACUAACUCGAUGGCUUGGAGUGAUAUGUCUAUUCGACAGGCUGCUCAGAAUUUGGCCCAGGCAAUCGAAGCGACGAUGGACUUAUUAUCAACUUGGCAGCACGCGCCAAAGGAUGUGGACAGCUUUGACCUUGAGCUUGUAUGUCAAUCUCAUCACAAGUUUGUUGCACCUAACCUUGAAAGCUACACAAUCCACCUCGAAAGAGCAGAUGAUACCCUGCAGUGGCGAGUCCAACAAAACGAGCUAGAGGCGGUGCUGGGGCUAUGGACGUGGUCACUGCUGGCCUCCAGCCCAGAGUGGUUACAAGACAAACUCGGUAGACUUGUAGGACUAAACGACUCCGAGGCCAGAGCAGAAGACACUGACCUUUACUUCCACAAAUGGAUUUUCCGCCAGAGAGAAGCAAAGUUGGUAUCGUCGAAGAUGAUCUGUCUGCCACAACGCAUGUUCGGGUAUUACGCAGACGAAUAUCUCAAGGACACAGAGAUACUAGUUGUGAAGACCGAUAAUCCACUAGAAACCACAGCUGCUCAAGAUAUUUACAUUCAAUGCAUCAAAUGUGUCCUUGGAAACUUACCGGAGAUUGGCGGUGAUACCACUAUACUGCCCGGUUCCCAGAAUGGGUACAUUGCAUAUAACAACCGCCUCGACGACCUUGUGAACUGCUUCGAAGCAGGAAAAUUAGGAACCAGAGAGGACGCAUUGCUGUGUAUUGUUCCCGUGUUGAGGUAUAGAGAUCUUUUACCGCAACUUGCCGGAAAUUCGAAGAUCGUCAGGGCUCGUAUAGACGAGCUUGUCGCCAGCAGCAACUGGACGGAAGCAUUUGCAGUAUUAUGGUGGCUUUGUGAGAGGAGCGAGGGAGCAGAGUUUGAACAUUCUAUGUUUUCACUCGGUUAUCUUUGUCGCCGUGCAAUGCUAGAUGGUGACCCCAAUAUACAGAAACAAGGGUGUGAAUAUACAUACCGAGCGAUAGAGAUUGAUCCGAGAACGAGAUUUAUCAGAAACCUGAGGAAUAGUCGCCCAACCGGAUGGAUGGACGAAAACAAGAGGCCAGAACACUGGAAAGCAAUAUCCCUCCAACUAGGGUGGAUUACGUGGCAUACUGUGCAGAGGCAUAACGAUCGAGACACCAUUCAACAAACAUUGCAGUCACUGAGCAUCAAUGAAAGCUCCAUACCAGUGGCCAAGGCAAAUGAUGAUGAAGGCCAGGGACAGAUAGGGCAACAGGCAGUGCUCCGGUGGUUGACCAAGAGCGAAGAAUCACAUCCCAGCCAUGAGUUACACAAGAUAGAUGAUCGUCUUGCAUUGGAUUGGGUGUGCCAAAAUGGUCACCAGGCACUUCUUGACUGGAUCAUCACGAGAUGGAUAGAGUAUGAUAGACAGUGUCCAGGGUUCAUUUACAACAUCAUCAUAUCCGCUGCCGAAGGAGAAUACGGAUCAGCACUUACUUCAUUACGCCAACAUGGGGUAGACAUUAACAUGCAAGAGCAGUCAGAGGAGGGGCUAACUGCCUUGAUCCGCGAAUGUGCACUGGGAAAUCAAAAGGCAGUUCAAGAACUACUUCACGCGGGUGCUAGCGUCGACGGAAGGGGCGCCGAUGGAGAAACACCAUUGAUGACUGCUAGCUAUGCGGGCAACUCAGACUUGGUUUCCCUGCUUCUACGCCGGGGUGCUAAUAUACAUGCUCGGAGUAGUGGCGGGCAGACUCCUUUGCUAUUCGCCGCAAUGGGAAACAAUGCCGCUGUAGCCCGGAUACUUUUAGGGCAUGGAGCGAAUAUCAACCUAAGUAAUGAUGAGGGAUUCACAGCUUUGAUGUUGGCAACAUCAGAAAAUAACAUCGAGAUGGUGAGUUAUCUACUCUCAGAGAAAGCCAAUGUCAAUAUGCAAACCCAUGAUGGCUGCACUGCUCUUAUGUUUGCGGCUCGGAAUGAAUAUACGCAAAUCACGAAGCUCUUGCUGGACUCUGGGGCAGAUAUAUACAAAAGGAUGUUAAGCGGGACCACGGCGCUUGAAUGGGCGCAAAAGUCAUAUCCCACUGAGUGUGUACAGCUUCUAGAAGCAGCCUUUGCAAAAGCGCCAUGA